GACGGCAGGACGUGGACAAAGACUCACAGAUUCAAACAUCUUCACUGGAGUAAGAAGUCCAUCACUCCCCUCUGAUGUGGACAGAAGCAGGAUGUCAUGAGUAGAAAUGCGUCUGGAGAGGAAGAUGGACGUCCCGGUCUACGAUCUGUCCCUGAUCCGAGGGAUCUGGGAGGUCCGGGUGAAGAAACAGCGUCAGAGGCAGAAGAAGGAGCAGGAGAGGAUGGAGCAGAGCGCCCUCACCAGGAUCGAACAGCAGUGGCAGUAUCGCAUCUACUGCAAGACCCUGAAGACCAGCGAGCGGAACCAGCUGCACCGGUACCUGGAGAGAACCAGUAUGACUGAUGUACCGACCUGCACAGAAGUGGAGCAGCAGAAUCAGACAGACCAGCAGGACCAGAAGGAUCCGGAUCAGAGCAAACUGAUCUUCCAGCUGAACGGAGAUCGUUGGUCGGACUUCCCCCGCGAGCUGCAGUGGAUGACCUACCUGAGAGAGUGGCACGUCAGGGGCACCAAGAUCCGUCAGCUGCCGGACUACCUGGCUCUGUUCACUCAGCUCACUGUGCUCCAAAUCCCCCAGAACGCCAUCACAGAGCUGCCACCUGAGAUCGGUAAACUGACGGAGUUGAGGGAAUUAAACGUCAGCUACAACCGUCUGUCCAGAGUUCCUCCAGAGCUCGGGAACUGCGAGAACCUGGAGAGACUCGAACUGACAGGAAACCACAACCUGUCCGAGCUGCCGUUUGAGCUGAGCAGCCUGAAGCAGCUGGUUCACCUGGACAUCGCGGAGAACAGGUUUGUGUCGAUCCCCAUCUGUGCUCUGAGGAUGAGCAGCCUGCAGCUGCUGGACCUGAGUAACAACUGUCUGACAGACCUGCCGCAGGACAUGGACAGGCUGGAGCAGCUGGUCACUCUGUUCGUCCAUAAGAACAACCUGUCGUACCUCCCUCAGUGUCUCACCAAUGUCUCCACGCUGAAGAUGAUCGUCGUCAGUGGCGACCAGCUCACCUGCAUCCCGACCAAACUGUGCAGCAACCCCGACAUCAAGUUCAUCCGACUGUACGACAACCCUGCGAACGCAGAGAAGAAGAAGAAGAAGAAGAAGAAGGAGGACGAGGAGAAGAAAGAGAAGAACAAGAGAAGGAGGUGGAGGGAGGCGAGACAGGAGGAGGUGAAGGACAGCAGAGAGAAGGAGUUCAUUGAGGCCUACGUCAGCUCGCUGCAGGACAGAGACACCGUCCCAUACUCCACCACCAAGGUCUCCAUCUCCUGCCUGCUGUGAGGAAGAUGAAGAUGAUGAAUACGAUGAUGAAGGUCGAGCUGAUGGACCAUCAUGAGAGCGACUGAAGGAUAAUCUGAACAGGUACUUUUCAAAGCAGCGUGAGGAUAAAAAGACCAGAGGGUUUAUUAUAAGAGCUGGAUCCUGGAAUCAAAGAUGGCGUCCAGAGAGAGACAGUUUGUAGCUUCCUGGUUGUGUCGACUGCUGCACGUGCUCAUUAGUGUCCCAGGUUAUGAUGUCACAAAGUAAAGCUCACCUCUGUAGGCUCUACAGAGGUUUUUAAUAAUAAUAAAACCUCAGUGGAUUAAAUAUGGACGACACAAAGAAUAUUAACUGAGCUCAUUGAGUUUUUAGUUGCAGUACCACCAGUGACCACUGGGAUGAUUAGCCGCCGCAAACACUGGUUCAUGUGUAAAAUAAACAAUAGUUUAUGAACAGUGAGCCGUAAAUCAAGAGCAAUGCAUUGUGGGAUUAUUAGCAAGAGCAGUGUCUAUGACACGGAGCACAUUAGCUUAAAACCAAGACGGAAAAACUUCAUAAAAUUUUUGAAAUGACAAAAAAUAAAUAAAUAAAUGUAUGUCGGCGACCAAAUGGAAAGAAAAAAACUCUUUCAGCUGCGCGACUCUCAAAUGAAAGUAAAUCAGAUCUCAGUGUUUGAAAAUGUUUCACUGACGCAAUUUUGAGGUUUAAUAUGUUAGAAUUUCGGACGGAGCCAUAAUUUAAUUUCACCAAGCUAACAUGCUAACGCUAGCUCGAUCAAGGUUUCAACUGACUGAGGAAGAAGAAUCUUUUUUUUUUUGAAUGUCUUUUCAGAGAAAUAUUAAGAGUCGGGUGGUGUGUUUGGUUUGUAUGGAAGUCGAUUAAUUCAACAAUGAACAGACAAAAAAGUUAACAAAAAAAAUUUAAAUAAAUAAAUAAAGGUAGUUGUGUUGGGUUAGUUUAAAUAGUUUAAACAUGUUCCAAGAUGAGGAGAAAGUGCGUCACAGUGUUGACUUUCUGAACUGCAGUUAUCACAAAAGAUGACAUUAACUAACAUAAAAUACAAACAAAUGCACAACAAAUAAAGUAGCAAUAAAGUGGCCGAAGAAAUCCUGCCACAUUAACAAACUUCUGACACAAACAAGUCAACAUUUAUCCGUCUCAGGAUGUUUUAUUCAGAAGUCUCAUGGUGAGAUUUGCAUGAAUGAACUUCUGUUUUCUUUCCAUGUUCUUGUUUUUUAAUGUUUUAGCGUUUUCAGAUGAAUUCAUUGUUUUCAUUCCAAACUCAGAUUCUCAACAUUAAAAACAUUUGUGAUAUUUAUGAUUAGAUCACCUCACACGAGGUUCACGUCCUCAUUAUGAGUCCCAUCACACAGAUGUUACUAUUAAGUGAUUUAAAAAAUAUUGAUUUAUGAGUUUCAGGUAUUUGACAGUGAUUCUGAUGUGUUUUCUGUCUGUGCAGUGAGUGAUGAUGAGUUUAAUGCUUGGUUAUUCUCCACGUGAACGAGACGUAUUUGUGAUAAACUGGAUUUGAUGGUUGAAGGUGUGAAUGUUGUGACCAAACAGAGACGAGUCUGGACAUCAAAAUAAAACAUUUCGCAGGAGAAACUGAUUUACAGAUUUGAACAGCGAGUUGAUUUAAUACAUUUCAUAAAAAUUCUGUUGUUUUUUAGACAGUUUGUUCAUUUGGUCAUUUUUUUGUGUGGACGUUUCUGUUGUUUCUGCAUUAAAAUGUUAGGUACAAAUUAUUAUUAUUGUUUCAAAAACAUGAAGUACUUAUUCCUCAAUCGGCCGUUCAGUAUUUUCUAAAUGAAGAAUUGUUUUUGUUCUUUUACAACUUGUUUUAUUGAAACAGGUUUCUGUGUGAUGCUUUACUUGAGACGUGUGGUCGUGUAUAUAUUUAAUGUGACAUUUUUUAAUUUCAAUAAAUGUUGUAUAUCAA